CCAUUGCAUAUUGCUCCCAAAAGAGAACCCCCAAACCCUAGCUUUAUCAAGGAUCCCGUCCCAAGCGGCGGCGGGGCAUAGAGAUGAAGCGCAAGAACAAGGAGCAGAGGAGGGCAGAUGGAAUCACCGAUAGAGGCAGUGAUUCGCUGGAGACCAUGCGGCCGAACAAGAAGCAGAGGCUGGGCGGUGGCAGCGGUAGCGAUGAGGAGACCUCGCCCUACCUGGUGGUAGGUCAUGGGAGCGUGAGCCCUGCCUUCUCCGUGUUCAAGGUGGAACCCUACACCGACGGCGGCGGCGACACCCCGGUGAGCAUCCCGCGCCGCCUCGCCCGCCUCAAAUGCAAACACAACAUGUCUUUCGUCCCUUUGAGAUUGAAGGACCGCCGGUGGAUCGUCGGCGUCGGCGGCAGCUCAACCGAGAACUACUACGGCCCGGGGACCAUCAUUUUCGACACCGAGAAGCAGUUGGUGAUCCGGGGGCCGGAACCUAAGUCGAUCAAGAGCCACCCGAUCCUGCUACCCAUCGACCAGAAGAUCUACGCCCUUUCCCGAAGCCCCUCAGUGAAGGGACCGCUCGAUUACUUGCCCUGGUUCGAGGUCCUCGAUCUCUCCCAGGCACAGGAAGUUGACGGCUGUCUAACCAACUGCAAGUGGAGCUCCCUGCAGCGGCCGCCCUUCUUUCCCUGGGAGCUCACCCCACGGCAGUACUUAUGUCCACCGAGGGUUGCCGUCGAGUCAUACGUCGCCGUGGGCUCCCACAUACUGGUUUCUGUGACAGGACGGGUGGGCACGUACGCUUUUGACACGAAGGGCUCGAAGAAGUGGGUGACGGUGGAUGACGAGAACAACCUGCCGUUCAGCGAUGGUGCCAUCCCGCACGGAGGUGGGCUCUUCCUCGGCUUAUCAAGCACCACAAAGGCCAUCACUGGAUACAAGAUUAAUAUCGGCACUAGGUCACUCUCUGUUGUUGAGAUUCCUGUGGUGUCCAACUUGGAAGAUGAAGAGCUGGUCGGUCGCUCACACAAUUUCCUUUCCCUGGGGAUUGAUAGUGGCUUCUGCUUGGUGACCUGUUGGAGUGUUGACGAAUCGCCGUAUCCCCCGUAUCACCGGGCGCACAUCAGGGUGAGGACGUACAGAACAGAUGAUUUUGUGGAGUCGGAGGGAAAAUGCUUAGUCGUCUCCAAGCAGUGGAUGCAGGUUUACAAGAUCCGCGAUUUUAUCCGGACACUAGAUGCGCCAUGUCUGGUUGGUGUGGUCUACAUAUGAGUACUAAGCCUGACCUGGGAGGUUCGUAUAUGGAGAUCCUUUAAGUGUGUUUGUGAUUCUCAAUCUGUCUCCAGUGUUGAGCUUGGGAGCCUCUGGUGUCUUUGGGAGCUUCAAACAGGCUUUUCUGAUCGUGUAUUAUAUAUUUGUGCUGAAUAUCUCAUAUGCACACAGCGCUUAACGGAACUUCAGACUUAGAAAGGAGUUUUUUGUCGUUUAUUUCUAAUUUCCUUUUCCUUGUUUUCACCAUGCUAUCUGUAACAAUUCCAUGUAUGUCUCUUGGCUUGUGAAAACUACAUACCGUUUCCUUGUUUGAGUAAUAGACUAAAUUCUGAUAA